AUGGCCGAUCAGGAUCAACCUUCUACUCCAAACCCUGAUUCCAACACUACAACCCCCAACAAGCCUAAGCGUGCCCCUCCCAAACUGGGCAAGAAGUCCCCAGCCAAGCAAGAACAAACCCCUCCCCCGUCCGAACAAGGCCAAGCCGAGGACAAGAGUGAAGACUCCGAAAAGAAAGAAGAAAACAACGAAGCGAACAACGAGGAAAACAACGAGCCUGAGCCCGUGAAACAACAAGAGCCAGACUCGGAUCAAGAAGAAGACACCCAAGAGCCAGAACCUCAGCCCGAACCUGAACCAGAGCCCAAGCCUGAACGUCGUCGUCGCCCCCGUCGCCCCCAACAACCAGAAAUGGAACAACCCCAGCAACAAGAACGUCGCCGCGUGCGUCGCCAGCGCCAGCCCAAGCAGCAGCAGCAGCAGCAAGGACAAGACGGCGGUCCACUCGGUGGUCUCGGCGGUGUCGACCAAGCCGGCCAGCUCGUCCAGAACACAGCCGGCAAUGCCCUGAACAGCGCGACAGGUAGUGCAGGCAAGGCCGUUGGCGGCAUUCUCGGCGGAGGCGAGAAGAAGGAAGAAGAGGACGGUGGUCGCGACGAGCAGCUUCGUCUGCGGUUGGACCUCAAUCUGGAUAUUGAGGUCCAGCUUAAGGCGAAGAUCCAUGGUGAUUUGACAAUUGGUUUGCUUAAUUAA